AUGGCAAAAAAAACCCAACCCCGACGGGAAAAACCCGAUUCCCAAAGUUUUUGGGUCGGAUCAGGUUGCUCUUAUCGGGUAUCGGGUCAUUAUCAGGCUCGCACCAACUAUAGCAAGCAGGGAAUGGAUGUGUUCCUAAUUGAGGAAGAAAAUCAUAAAUAUGAAGAAAGAUUGGGUAGGAAAAUGUGUGGAGGACUAAUUAAGGAAAUUGAGACAGGGCAUAUGGAUGAGGAUGACCAUGAGGCUGAGGAUGUUGAUGUUGAUGUAAAUGAGGAUGACCUUAGCAGCCCUCGUUUUUUCAAAAAGGAUAAUGGACCUGAUGUCGACAUGGGUGAGAAUGUAAGUUUGGGUGAGCCUUUGAAAGAAGUCGAUGACAAUGAAGAUGUUUAUCCUGAGUUGCCAAAUAUUUUCAAUGAAAGUUACACUAGAAGGAGCAGGAACCUGUGUUAA